GCUUCACAUGCGCGGGUCCCGCCGCAGCACAACGCGCAGCAGCGGGGCGACAGCGGGGGCAAAGGCGGCGGUGCCGCCGAUCGGUGGGGAAAGGCCGCCCGCUCUCCGCCGGGGCGGAGCAGCCGGAAGCUCCCGCCCUCGGGGGCGAAGGCCGCGAGGCGCCGCAGGUGAGGCCGCCUGGGCGGGGCGGCGCGAGCGCAGGUGCUGAGGGCGCGGAGCGCAUCGCUAGGCGCUCCCAGGCCGCCCCCCUCGCUGGCUCUCUGGCGGGAUCGCCCCUGUUCCACCGCUUGGCGCCGCCGCCUUUCGGACCGCGCGGCAGCUUCCUCCCGUCGGACGAACGCGAGGCGGCCGUAGCGGGGUCCCGGGAGCGUCUUGGCGCUGGGCCGAGUACCAGCCAUGUCGAGGAACGCCGGCUCGGAGGGUGAGCGGUCCGGCAGGUCCCUGCUGCCCCGUGGAACCAGCCCCGCCGACUCCCCGCUCUGCCGGGACCCGGAGCCGGGGUCCGCCGCCGCCUUGCCACCGCCCCCGCUCCCCCUGCAGCCUCCCUUCGGCCCCGACGACUACCCUGGGGAGGGCAGCCCUGGCCCGGGACGGCUGGCCGACCUCAAGCCGGUCCGGCGAUUCAUCCCGGAUUCGUGGAAGAACUUCUUCAAAGGCAGACGUAACAACGGCUCCAGUUGGGACGGCACAGCCUCCGAUAUCAGGUACAUCUCCGACGGGGUCGAAUGCUCGCCGCCGUCCUCCCCGGCUGCUCCGCGGCGGCAGCCCAAGUCGGUGCCCGGCUCCUACAAGGAACCUUACGGAGGAUCGGCCGGGAGCUACAACUCGCGUAAAGAGGCCGAGGCCAUGCUGCCCGUGGACCCCUUCGGGUCGCUGGAGCACCGCGCCGCCACCGGCCAGACCUACAGCGAGCGGGUGGAGGCCUACCACCAGCGCUACGCCUACAUGAAGUCCUGGGCCGGCCUGCUCAGGAUCCUCUGCGUGGUGGAACUGCUGCUGGGCGCCGCCGUCUUCGCCUGCGUCACGGCCUACGUGCACAAGGAUAACGAGUGGUACAAUAUGUUUGGGUACUCUCAGCCCUACAGCUACGGGGCCGGCAGCGUCUACGGAGGCUACUCCUAUAGCGGACCCAAGACACCCUUCAUCCUGGUGGCGGCAGGCAUGGCGUGGAUAGUCACGAUGGUGCUGCUGGUACUGGGCAUGUCGAUGUACUACCGGACGAUCCUUCUCGAUUCCAACUGGUGGCCGCUGACUGAGUUCGGAAUUAACGUGGCCUUGUUCCUUCUGUACAUGUCAGCCGCCAUAGUGUACGUAAAUGAUACCAACCGAGGUGGGCUCUGCUAUUACCAGUUAUUUAAGACCCCGAUAAAUGCAUCAUUUUGCCGUGUAGAGGGAGGUCAGACAGCAGCGAUCAUUUUCUUGUUUGUCACGGUGAUCAUCUAUCUCAUUAGUGCCGUUGUUGCUCUAAAGUUAUGGAGGCAUGAAGCAGCUAGGAGGCACAGGAAACUAAUGGAACGGGAGAUGAAAACACAGUCCUGUUUUCCAGAAAAGAAGCAGUAUGAAAGUGAUGACAGACCAAGAGAAGAGACCACUUAUAGGCAGCUUAAAUCAGUGGAAAGAAAACCGGAACUGCUUAAUGGUCAUAUACCCGCAGGCCACAUUCCUAAACCUAUAGUGAUGCCAGACUACUUAGCGAAAUACCCAGCAAUUCAAACCAAUGAAAUGCGAGACCGGUACAAAGCGGUAUUCAAUGAUCAGUUUGCCGAAUACAAAGAACUGUCUGUGGAAGUUCAUGCUGUGUUAAAAAAGUUUGAUGAGCUGGAUGCAUUACUGAGACAGCUUCCUCACCAUCCUGAAAGCAUAUAUGAACAAGAAAGGAUAUCAAAAGUUCUGCAGGAGUAUAAGAAGAAGAAAAACGAUCCUGCAUUUCUGGAGAAAAAGGAGCGUUGUGAAUACCUAAAGAAUAAGCUUUCUCACAUAAAACAGCGAAUUCAGGACUAUGAUAAAGUUAUGAAUUGGAAUGUGGAAACCUAGCUGUGCCUUCACUCUGUGGAUACAAUUUCCUAUUUUUUAAAUCAAUUUGCAUAUUUUAAACUAUUUAUUUACUCUGAGAACAGUACACUUAUGGGGAUUGAUCAAUCACUUUCUCACUUACUUAAAUGUUGACCAUUACUGGUAUAUUUUGUGUGCAGAUCCCGUUUUAAAUCAAUGUUACAAGGUUAUCAGGUUUGGAACACCUGAGCAAACAUUCUGCCUUUUAUAUGUUGUACACAACCUGGCCUCAUGAAGGUGAAUACUUUAUUUGAAAAUACCAUAUUGGUAAACAUUGCAAAGCUCACCAGAGAAAGCAGUUCUAAGUACCACAUCAAAAGUUUGCACAGAAAUCAUAUUAACCGUUGCAGAUUUUAUGUAUAGGUAACAUCUUAAUGAUAACAGAAAAAGUUGAGCUGUUCUCUCUGGCUGGGGCUUGCCAGGAGUCCUUAGUAUGAAUGAUUGUGAAAUGCAAAAUAACUUCCUACUUAAGUAUCUACCUUUGUUCUUCAGUACGGGAAACGUGUGGAGGGGAGUGUUUGGGUUUUGUUGUUUAGGCUUUAGGGUAUUUUAUUUCCCUGCUUAGAGCUGAUGCAACAAAUUUAUACAUGGCCUUACAGGAAGGGAGGUAUAGGAUGAGACUCCAGUUAGUGUUCCAUUACUGUUGCUGUGGGCCAGUAUGCUCUGCAUACCUUUCUGAGUCAUCUUAGUAGGAAGCCACAGGUUUAAAGACAAAAAACACUUUCUUCUUCAUCAGCAAGCAACAGGACUCCUGUAGGCUGCAGCUGUCUCUGAAAUCGGCAUUCCACAAAGUUAAUCUUCAGAGUAUGAAUUAUUAGUGUCCUUAUUAUAAGGCCAGGUAAAAUAUUUUAAUAGACGAGUUUUCUGGAACGUAUCUGCUGUAAUUCAGUAUACAUUUUUAUAUUUUUAUCAUGGGGAUAGAUCUGUAUGUGCAAAUGUUUUCAUAAGCCAGUAAAUUUCCUCUUUGUAUCCCUUUUCACUUCUUUGUUUACUUUUUUACUUACUAAAAUUGUUAGCAGCAUUGAUAUUUUUGUAGUACAGUUUCUACAGCUGCAAUUUAUCUGUUCUGAAAUACGUUUUCAUUUGAAAAAUAAAACCAAACCCACAACCUGAACCUCCAAACCCACUAGUGUAGCUAUAUUAUUCUACCACUUAUAAAGGCAUUUUGUUAGAAAAAGGGUGCUAUGAUUAAGGUCGCUUCAAAUUUUUGCUAGUGAUCACUUUUUCUUUAAAAGGAAAUUUCAUCUUUUUAAAGGCAAGACAUCAGGAGAGCAGUUUCCAGUUUAGAACAGUGGUGAUAGUAUCAGCUUUGUUCCUCAGUACUGGAAUCAAUUAAUAUACCUCACUCUGGCAGUUACCGCCUUUCUGAUCCCCUUAUGAUUCACACUGCAGUCCUAAUGCCUGCAAGCCCACUUUCAUAUUUAUAAAGUUAGCAUUCCAGUUUUAUCAGCCACUUAAUUCCAGAAGUUUUAGUGAAUGCUGUCUCAUCUACCUGAAAGGUGUCUCAAUAUUUUCAUCAGUCUGAAAUCAGAAGACAGUCAGUGUUAUCCCUUGUUCUCUUUUCAGGUACCUUUCUUUCUGGUUCAGGUUUCUGUUCUUUUCAAAGCAGGGGAAGCUUCUCUAUCUUACAAAGGAGCUGGGACAAGUGUUUUAUGCCUGUAUCUUUGUUAAACUUUCCUUUAUAAGAGAUAUCCAAAACCCUGCAAUCUAAGUGAUGUCACGCUGUUACGUGCAGGUUUUUUGUUCUCAAUGAGAUUUGUGGGCAUUGCAUUCUUAGUAGGAGAUUGAUCCAAGUUUAGGGUUGAUUGAUGUUUAUAAAGUGCUAAAAUGAAGCUGACUGAUGUCUGCUUUGGAAGAUUGACAGUCUGCAACCUUAAUAAGCCUUCUUCCCACAGGACAUUGAGACUCAACUCCAGGCUGCCUUUGACAGUGGCCAGUUUCAGUCUCUGGCCCUAGCCUGUUAGAUCCUGCUUGCAUAGCUUCUGCAGAACCACUGUGUGUCUCCUUUCUUGUAAAGCUCCCAACAACUGGCCUGGGAAAAGGGGACACCAUGUCCAUGGCUGGAAGGAGGAAAUAAACCAAGCGGUGACAGCUGUAUGCAGAUGGCUCCAUUUUUCCAAGCAAGGUCUCACAGGUGUGACUGAGUGGAUUUUUGAGAAGCUGGGGAGAGAAGAUAUAUAUGUAAGAAUACUCCCUCCUGCUAGCCUUUUGAGUUUCAAAUAGGAUUAGCAUAGUGCAUGCCAUCAGGGCAUGCUGAGCACGGAGCCCCUGGAAGAGAUUUAUACCUUCUCAGCUUAGGGUGCAUCAGGGUAAUGACAUGUUGUGACCAUUACAGGAAAUUACUUGCUCAGUCCUGGAUGUGUUAUGGACCUCAGCGCUGACAGGCAGACACGGUGCAUACAACUGGUGCUAGAUUUGCUCUAAGCUGUCCAUGGAGGACUGUGCUCUGACCAUGCUAAAGAAAAAACAUUAGUCUAAAACAUUUUUCUCUCUAGGAGAAACGGAGAUCACUGAAGUAGGAAUCAGUGGCUGGGAGCUGAAGCCAGUCAAAUGCAAGACACAAAUUAGGGGGAAUUUGAGUGAGAAUUAGUUAGAAUUACCAAAGACAGUAUGUCUUGAUAUCCUUAAAGAAUAGAAGGUAUACUUCAGACAAAGCUAACUUGUGUUAGAUGCCUAUCACCUUGGCUCUCUGUGCAGCCUCUAGCCUCAACUCUGUGAACCUGUGUUGCAUGUACAAGUAAACAGUCUGUUGUGUGGUCUUACUGAUGUGACUGGGUUUUUGCAGAAGGUAGUCUGAAUCUUGCCAAGUAAUAUUGCCCUACAUUGAUGGUCAGAUAGCAUUCACUUUCAAUUACAGCCUAUCCUCAGACAUUGAGUGUGUCUAACAUGAAAUUUUAUCUUUUGUUUUUCCUCUUGGAAAUGUCUACCUGGCUCCACACAUCUAUGAAGGGAAAUCUCCAAGACAUUUGGAGUAACACAACAGUUUUGAAACUGAACUUGAAUAAAUCUAUAAAACAGUUGGGUUGUGGUGGUUUUUUUUGUUUUGGUCUUGAUAAAUAGCUGAAUAAUCCUGGAUCCAGAUAAAUGCAGCAAUAUCUGCAUGCUGUACUAAUUGGUACAUUUUUGCCAGGCAGAUAAAGCAGUGCCUAACAAAUGUAACCAAAAGUUUAUAUUGAAUAGUAGCUUUCAUGACAGUAUAUUAACUAAAAAUACUCAUGGCAAUGGAAAGCCUAAUUGAUUUGAAAUUGUAGAAUAAACUGUCCAGCAUUUAGUUUAUUAAUCUUUAAAUUGUGGUGAGAUUUGAGGCAUUUGUACAAUCAUUGUCUACAAAACAAUUAUUUAUUAUGCAUUCAUG